AUGGCGUCCGCGGGGUCGAACACCAUCAAGGUGGUUGCUAGGUUCCGUCCACAAAACAAGGUCGAAUUGUCCUCUGGGGGUAAGCCCAUCGUCGAAUUCGAGAAUGAAGAGUCUUGUAGCAUCAACUCCCGAGAGGGCACAGGGGCCUUCACGUUUGAUCGGGUGUUCCCUAUGGACACCGCGCAAAACGACAUCUUCGACUUCUCUAUCCGACCGACUGUGGACGAUAUUCUAAAUGGAUAUAACGGCACAGUUUUUGCCUACGGUCAGACUGGUGCCGGAAAAUCAUAUACGAUGAUGGGUUCCGACAUCGAUGAUGACAUAGGGAAAGGUAUCAUUCCACGCAUGAUCGAGCAAAUCUUCGCCAGUAUCUUGACUAGCCCGAGCAACAUCGAGUACACCGUACGGGUCAGCUAUAUGGAAAUCUACAUGGAGCGGAUCCGUGAUUUACUCGUGCCCCAAAACGACAACCUGCCGGUCCACGAAGAGAAAGCUCGCGGAGUCUACGUUAAAGGAUUGCUGGAAGUCUACGUAUCCAGCGUGCAGGAGGUCUACGAAGUUAUGCGCCGGGGAGGAGCAGCACGCGCCGUCGCUGCAACCAACAUGAACCAAGAAUCGUCUCGCUCCCACUCUAUCUUCGUUAUCACCGUCACCCAGAAAAAUGUCGAGACUGGAUCCGCUAAGAGUGGUCAAUUGUUUUUAGUUGAUUUGGCCGGCAGUGAAAAGGUCGGAAAGACCGGCGCAAGUGGCCAGACUCUGGAGGAGGCUAAGAAGAUCAACAAGAGUUUGAGUGCGCUGGGAAUGGUCAUCAACGCAUUGACGGAUGGCAAAUCGACACACAUUCCUUACCGUGAUUCCAAACUCACUCGAAUUCUUCAAGAAUCUCUCGGUGGUAACUCUCGAACGACCUUGAUUAUCAACUGUUCGCCUAGCAGCUACAACGAUGCGGAAACAAUCUCAACCUUGCGUUUCGGUGUGCGUGCCAAGGCCAUCAAGAACAAGGCCAAGGUCAAUGCAGAGCUGAGCUCAUCUGAGAUGAAACAACUGCUGCGCAAGGCGCAAAGUCAAAUGACGAAUUUCGAAAACUACAUCUCAGCGCUUGAGGGCGAAGUCAGCAUGUGGCGUAGCGGUGAUAGCGUUCCUAAGGACCAAUGGACCCCUUCGCGAGGAAACGAAGUUGUCAGUGCCGCGAAGACUGAAGCCCGUGCCCCACGACCGAGUACUCCCUCGCGUUUACAGGAGACUGCGCGUUCAGAAACCCCCCGCCCAGAUUCACGGGUUGGAGAUCGGUCCAGCACUCCCAGCCUGGUGCUGGAAAAGGACGAGCGUGAGGAAUUCUUGCGCCGUGAGAAUGAAUUCCAAGACCAGCUCUCGGAGAAGGAGUCCCACAUUGUCAACGUGGAGCGCAGCCUCCGCGAGGCACGCGACGAGCUUAGGUCUAUGAAGGAGAAUGGCGCACGAACGGGCAAGGAUAAUGAACGGUUGGGAACAGAAGUCAACGAGCUCCGCAUGCAGCUUGAGAAGGUCUCCUAUGAGAGCAAGGAAGCCGCCAUCACCAUGGAUGGCCUCCGGGAGGCCAACUCGGAACUCACAGGCGAGCUAGAUGAAGUGAAGCAACAGCUUCUGGAUGUCCGAAUGAGGGCAAAGGAGACCACUGCGGCACUUGAUGAGAAGGAAAAGAAGAAGACCGAAAAGAUGGCGAAGAUGAUGGCUGGGUUUGAUCUCGGUGGCGAUGUGUUCUCCGAUAACGAACGCAAGCUGCAGGAUCUCAUCCAGCGCGUCGAUGCUCUACACCAAAUCAGCUCCGAAGGUGAAGUCAUUGCACCAGACGACAUCCUUGACCUUCGCACGAAUCUUCUCGAGGCGCAAGGCUUUAUCCGACAAGCCGAGCUGACCGUGAACGACCGAAGUGACUUUGGCGAGCUGCAGGACAGCCGCCGUGCAGACCUGGAAAAGAGGCUAGAUGACCUCCAACGAGAGUAUGAGAGUCUCCUGACGCGCAACUUGGGCGAGGGCGACGUGGAAGAGAUUCGAGGACGACUAGAGCAGGUUUACGUGACAAAGAAGGAGGCUGAGACUGCGGCGGCGGAGGAUCUUCGCUCUGACAUUUCGCGCAAGGAUGAGGAGUUGACCAAGUUGCGACAAUCUCUUGUCGACACCCAGUCCCGAACCUCCACCAAUGGUGCUGCAAGCAAGACUUUGCAGCAGCAAAUCACCGAGUUCGAUGCCAUGAAGAAGUCUCUCAUGCGUGACCUGCAGAACCGCUGCGAGCGUGUCGUCGAGUUGGAAAUCUCCUUGGACGAUGCACGAGAGCAGUAUAACAACGUCCUUCGAUCAUCAAACAACCGGGCUCAGCAGAAGAAGAUGGCCUUCUUGGAGCGCAACCUCGAGCAAUUGACCCAUGUACAGCGUCAACUCGUGGAACAAAACAGUAGCUUGAAGAAGGAGGUCGCAAUCGCUGAGCGGAAAUUGAUUGCAAGAAAUGAGCGUAUUGCCAGCCUGGAAGCCCUGCUCCAGGAGAGCCAAGAGAAGCUUACCCAAGCUAACCACCGAUUCGAGGCUCAACUCACCGCUGUCAAGGAACGUCUCGAAGCGGCGAAGCAAGGCUCCACGCGCGGCUUACCGAGCAUGGAUGGGAAUGCGAGUUUUAGCUUCGGGGGUUCGCGCAUCGCGAAGCCACUACGCGGGGGUGGUGACGGGCCGGCGAAUGCGAACGUCGCGGGCGUACAAUCGCAAGAAGCGACCGGGAAGCGCAGCAGCUGGUUUUUUGAUCGCCGAUGA